AUGCUUCGAAGAUCAUCACUCGUCGUCAUAGCAGCUGUUGUUACUGCAGCCGCUGCUACUACUCUGUCUUUUAGAUCAGACCAGGAGCCUGGUAACGGCACGGAAUUGAGUCUUGUUGAGCAGCCCGUCAACACAGAAGCAGAGCCAUCUGACUGGAUUGCCCUCCCAUUGUGCGCUCUCAACUGCGUUACCAUCGCUUGUUCCAAGCUCGAUAUAUCCUGCAUUUGCAAGAAUGUGGAGCAGCCAUCCCAUACUUUAUCAUGCCUCAAGUCAUCAUGCAGCUUUUCCGACAGUCUACUUACAAUGAGCCUCGCCAAGGACUCGUGCGGUUCCCCAGUACGAGAUCGCUCCGGCAGGUUCAAGGUAAUGAAUUAUUCUCUCGGUUUCACAACUCUUACUAUCGCUGUUAUUCGCUUCGCAUCCAAGUUUCUCUUCAGCAUCCGACAAGGGUUUGGACCGGAUGACUGGGCACUGUUUGCAGCAGCAUUUAUCGGCAUACCUUGCAUCGCCUUCAACGUCUGGGGACUCAUUGACAAUGGGCUGGGCAAAGAUAUCUGGACGCUAGCUCCAAGUACCAUUUCCAAGCUCGCUCAAUGGUUUGUGGCGAUGGAGGUUUUCUAUGUGGUGAUUAUGACGGUUAUCAAAACCAGCCUCAUGCUCUUUUACCUCGACUUGUUCACGGGAACCCAAUUUCGCAAAUUGAUAUGGGGAACAGUCAUCUUACUCGCCGCUUCUUGCGUCAGCUUCGUUAUCGGAACCCUUGUGCAGUGUGUUCCAUUGGAAUUCACCUGGGAGCAGUUUGACGGUAGCGACUCCGCUCAAGGGCAGUGCAUCAAUGUCAACGCAUUCGGAUGGGCAAACGCAGCUGUCAACAUUGCGAUAGAUUUCUGGCUCCUUGCGAUUCCUCUAAUCCAGCUAUACAAGCUGGAUACACACUGGAAGAGAAAGCUAAGUGCAGCCAGCAUGUUCCUGACGGCAGUAAUAGCUACGAUCAUCUCCAUUGUCCGACUCCAGUCACUCUUCCACUUUGGCAAUUCUGCGAAUCCAACAUGGGAUCAUUGGAACGUUGCCUAUUGGUCUACCGUCGAAGUCAACGUGAGCAUUAUCUGCACGUGUCUUCCAUCUAUACGGCUUAUCUUGGCACAUUUAUUUCCUCGAGUCAUCGGUUCAAGUCUUGUUCUGCCUCCAGUGUCCGAAGACUCUUGGAUUGGUGAAAAGAUCACCAGCCCAAAUCCUUUGGACGUGGAAUCGCACGAGCUAUGCAACAGCAGAAGCAUAGACGGAACUUCGAAGACGAGCGUAUCUGUACAACAUAUCGGUGGGAUUUUCCAAGACUAA